AUGGUAGGCAACAACGCAUUGAACGUCAAUGACGCCAUCAUCAACGGCGGAAGCGCAGACAUCGCGCUCACCACGCGCGGCAGCGACUGGUACUGGGCCGUCUGCGCCGUCAUGACCGCCGCCGCCUUCGCCUUCAUGGGUCUCGCCUACACCAAGCCCCGCCGCGACCGCAUCUUCCACUACAUCACCGCGGGCGUCGUAAUGGUGGCCGCCAUCGCCUACUUCACCAUGGCCUCGCACUUGGGCUUCACCCCCAUCCGCGUCGAGUUCCAGCGCGACAACCCCAUCGUCCGCGGCGUCACGCGUGAAAUUUACUACGUCCGCUACAUCGACUGGGUCAUCACCACCCCGCUCCUCCUCAUGGACCUGCUCUUGACCGCUGCGCUGCCAUGGCCAACGAUUCUCUGGGCGAUUCUUGUCGACGAGGUCAUGAUCAUUACCGGUCUCGUCGGCGCCCUCGUCGCAUCGAGCUACAAAUGGGGCUACUUCGUCUUCGGCUGCGUCGCCAUGUUCUGGAUCAUCUACAUCCUCGUCUGGGAGGGUCGCCGCCACGCCAACGCCAUCAGCACCGACGCCGGUAAGGCCUUCCUCAUCUGUGGCUCCCUCACCGCUUUCAUGUGGACGCUCUACCCGAUCGCCUGGGGUCUCUCCGAGGGUGGUAACGUCAUCUCCAGCGAUGGGGAGGCCGCUUUCUAUGGUGUUCUCGACCUGAUCGCCAAGCCUGUCUUUGGUGCUCUCCUUAUCUGGGGUCACCGUAAUAUCAGCCCAGCUGAUCUCGGCCUGGCUAUUCAUGAUUAUGGUGCUGAUGAGCCGAUCUUCCAUGAGAAGAAUCAUCAGAAUGGGCAGGGACCGCUUGCUGAGCACAGUGGUGCUAACCGUCCUGUCAACAGCGCUACCAAUGGCACCAACGGCACCAACGGUGUUACUGAGACUGUCUAA